CAUUAGAAUUGUCUUUCAAUAUUCGUGAAAAAGCUCGUUGUAUCGUAUUGAGCGAUUUCGAGCAUUUUGCGUUUAACUAUUGUUAUAUUUUGUGAUAUUUGUUCGUCUAAUCUCAUAUUUUAGUUGUAAGAGCUAGUUGUUAUUAAAAAUAACGUCAAACCAAAGUGGAAUUACUUUUAAGUUCGCUAGUGUAUUACUGACAGAUCGAUUCGGCGUUGCGAAGUUGCAGGUUAUAUAUUGAAAUAUAGGUAGUUUCGGUUGUUAAUUAGUUGCAAAUCAUCGAUAUGGAGAGCAUGGAUGUAGCACAAGAGGGUACGUCUGCAGCGUCGACGCCGGCAGGAGAAAAUGGCCCCGAUAAGAAUGUUACUGCGGAGGAGAUGACUUCUAGGGACUAUUACUUCGACUCUUACGCACAUUUCGGCAUUCACGAGGAGAUGCUGAAAGACGAAGUCCGAACGCUCACAUACCGGAAUGCUAUGUACCACAAUAAGCAUUUGUUCAAGGGUAAAACAGUCCUGGACAUUGGCUGUGGUACGGGCAUCCUGUCCAUGUUUGCAGCAAAGGCUGGUGCAGCUAAAGUCAUUGCAGUUGAGUGCUCCAACAUUGUGGACUAUGCCCGCAAGAUCGUGGAGGCUAACAGGCUCAGUGAUGUCAUCGAGAUUGUUAAAGGAAAGGUUGAGGAGGUAGAGCUCCCAGUUGAUAAGGUGGACAUCAUCAUAUCCGAGUGGAUGGGCUACUGCCUGUUCUACGAGAGUAUGCUGGACACCGUGCUGUAUGCUCGCGACAAGUGGCUCAGGGCUGAUGGCAUGCUCUUCCCUGACAGAUGCACAUUAUUCAUCUGUGGUAUUGAGGACCGUCAAUACAAGGAUGAGAAGAUCAACUGGUGGGAUGAUGUCUAUGGCUUCGACAUGUCCUCCAUCAGGAAAGUGGCCAUCUCCGAGCCACUGGUUGAUGUUGUUGAUGCUAAGCAGGUGGUGACCAACUCCUGUUUACUGAAAGAAAUAGACCUUUACACAGUUAAAAAGGAAGAUCUUAACUUCGAAUCCAAGUUCCACCUUCAGGUGCGCCGCAACGACUUCAUCCAGGCGCUAGUGACAUUCUUCAACGUGGAGUUCACGAAGUCCCACAAGCGGCUCGGGUUCAGCACGGCGCCCGAGGCUCCCUACACGCAUUGGAAGCAGACCGUCUUCUACUUCGACGACUACAUGACUGUAAAGAAAUUCGAGGAGAUCACAGGCACGUUUUCGAUGCGUCAGAACGCGAGGAACAACCGCGAUCUUGAUUUUGAGAUAGAAAUCGACUUCAAAGGCGAACUGUGCCAGGUUCGAGAGAAGAAUCACUACAGGAUGCGCUGAUCUAGCAGCAGACCGUGGCGCUACUUGAAGACCAGCCUUCACACUUACCACCCAUCUCCAUGAGACUCCUUUACCGCAAUACUACAUUACACUGGUCAGAACCUUAUACCUUCAGUAUAUCUCUAUGUAUGUAGUUCAUACAAACACAUUGCACACUGUGUUGUAGUUGACAUAAUUGUAACCUAAGAAAAUUUCAAACGAAAAUGCCCUCUGUGUAGCAAGACACAAAGAUUAACUUUCUAUCAUAUUGAAAAGCGAUGUUUAGUACAUACUUCGAUUUUCUGGUCCUUUUCUCACGAAAAUUAACGGAAAAUCGAAUCAUCUUUCUUGCAAUUAGCAAAAAGGUGUGUUUUAGAUAUUUGGCGAUGCUUACAUUACACCUGUAUUUCGUAGUGGUAAGGGCUAUUGUCGCCUGUCAAACGUAAUUUGUGAACAUAAAUAUUUUCACGUGGUUUCUCAUUGUCGUAUAAAACUUUGUUUUUGUAUUAGCCUGGGGCUACAUGUGACUCUGGCUGUUUCUAUUAUUAUAAGGAGAAUGUGCUAACUCCUUCACAUUGAACCUAUGGUCUAUGCUCUUCAUGAUGUGAUUUCCCUUUUCAUAUAAAUGGCCUAACUCUAGUCUUUCCUUGCGUUUUACAAUUGAGUGUUUUUAAACUAUUUGACCUGGUGUCGUAAUUAUAUUGGCUUUUCUUUUUCAACAGCAGGGCUGUUAACAGGUCAAUGAUAAUGUUAGUUAGGCUGUUGCUAUGAAGGACUUUACUCUCAUUUUGAAACUGUGGUAAUCAUCGUUCCUUUUAUGUUUCCAUCUACAUUUUGUACGGUUCAUGUUUCGAACCUUAUGUUUAAGAUAUCAUUGUCGCUUUGUAUAUAAGGGCAAGUGUAUAAUGUCCGAAGGCUGGUAACUAUAGUAAACGAAUUUUGUAAUAACAUGAAUAUUAAGAAAAAUGGUCGCUGAGUAAAUUUUAAUUAAUUAAAGAACUAGGUUGUACCAACUCACUUUAUUCAGUGUAUACUUUGUUUCUGUGUGAUACGAUAAUUUUUGUUUUUGAUAUGUUUCAUUGUUGUAUGCUUGAGUGAUUACAGAUCUAAAUACAAUGUGCAGUCUAGCUAGAAUGUUUAUUUCUAUAUUAAUUAUACUUCAUCCAAGGAGGUGUAGAAAUUAGGUUAACAUUACAAUAGUGCUUGUUUUAGUGUAAAUGAAUCGAAUACGAUAUAAUCGACUAAAUAUUUGAUAAAUAGUCGAUUGUACCUUUCAGUAUUUUUGUUUGUUUAAUUGUCGGCUUUGAAUAGAGUGAGUUGGGGACGUUUGACGAUGUUUAAGAGCUAAGUAAGGUAUCUCACUUUUGUAUGACCGCCUAAUGGGUCCCGACGAUGGGAAUUAAAUAUAGAAUUAUAGACAUUCAUUACACUGUAAUACUUGUAUUGAGAAUUGACGUGUUAAUGGCAGUUUUGAACGUUGAAAAUAAUGGCUAAAUAUCCACGAGAACCCAGUGAUUAUUGUAGAUUUAGGUGUAAAUUUUAAUACGAGUUUUGUAUCCCGAUUUUAUAUUGUAACAUGUAACGCUGGGCUGGAGAAUUUUGCACUAGUAAUGUUUUAUUUUAAACAGAUUGAAAUUGUGGAUAAUCUAUACUUCAUUGACUACUUAAGAAACAACAUGGCAUAUCCAUUGUUAGAGAAUAUAAUUUAGAGAGGCUCUCUAUCCUAAGUAUAUUGUGGAGUUUUCCCAGCUUUGAUUAUAGUAUCGUGUCUAAUUCGCAAAGGGGUAGGCAGAGGUGCACAACAUAACUGUCCAUUUAAAUGGGACAUCCACUUUUAUUGAUUUUGAAGAUCAGUGAACAGUAGCCUUACUAUGAGUUUGCUUUACGUUUUAAAUAAUCGAAACGAGAGUGCGUUCGGCGCUCUGAUUGGCCAGCUCGAAUACAUCAACCAAUCAGAGCGCCGAAAGGUCUCAAAGGGUACAGAGAUGAAGAUUAUACAAUAAAUUGCUCAACAUUGCCCCAAAAUGAGUUGAGAACUGCCAUUAACAAAAGAUUUUAGUUGUAUGCAGCACUCCAUGUAAUAUGUUAUAAUAUAAGGUUGUUCCAGCCUGUCAUGCCAAUGUGCCACUCGGUGGCUUAUCUUAUUUCUACGGUUUAGCGACUGUGUGUAUGGUGUACGUAUAUUUGUGGUGCAUUCAUGAAUAAGUACCUAUAAGGAA